AAUAAACGGUCGUUGCUUAAAGGAAUAUAAACCAAAAUAUUUUUAUUUAAAAAAUUCACAUAAAAAAUCUAAAAAUAUGUAACAUAUAGAUUAAUGUACAUAAUGAAAUAUAUGAAGAAAUUUAUAAAUUAAACAAAAAAUUCACUUUAUUUAUGAAAAACUUGAAAAUGUCGAUAAAGAACAAGUGAUAUAAAAUUAAAAUUUUCUAGAUUCAAAACUUUUUAAGCUGCAAUUUAUAUAAAAAAUAUUACAGUUUGUUUUUAUUUUGUGUAUUUAUUUAGAUUUCUUUUUGAAAGAAGUAACGAGAGUGUGUGUGUUGAAGUUUUUAGAACUGUGAGUAAAUUUUUGUACGACUUAUUCCCGCGAGUGGAAGGAAAACUCUCGUGUUUUUCGUUGAAUCUUUCGGCGUUGCGAUUCCUUUUAUUAUUUUUGUUUUUAUGAUUAUUUUGCUUAUUUUUGUGUCAACUCGUUUAAAUUGAAAAUUUGGUUUUGUACAAAAAGAACGUUUUUUGUAUUCUGCAUGAGAAAAUAUAAAAAAAGCAUAAAUAAAAUUCGGUAUAUUAAACGAAUAAGAAAGAGCAUACAACAUAUACUCCAAAAACGCAAAAAGGAGUAGAGAAUAAAAUAAAUAAAUUAAGAAAAAUUUAUGCAAAAUUAAGUGAAAAUUAAAUAAAAAGUAAUUAAAACUAAAUUUAAACCACAAUCGACUUGACAUCUUCCACCCCCAAAAAUAUGCUACGCCAAUAGCAGUAAAUAUAAUAGUAAAAUAUUGUGCAAUUUUGGAAUAUAAAAUGCUAAUGAUACAAAUAAAUGACUGUCAUCAGUUUUGAAAAUGGAGCAGCAACAAAAAACAACAAAUGCAAUGGAUGACAUUCACGCAUACACACACAUACACAAACAAAUGUAAAUGAAUAUUGAUGCAACAAAUGAAUAAAAAUAAACAGCAGCAGAAACAACAAAAAAGAAAACAAUAAAACAUAAAACUAGAUUUCAAUUAACGGCAAAUAAAUGUCAUAAUAACAAAUUUGAUUAAAGCAAGCAUAUCUCUUUUGCCUACUGUCUCUCUUCCUCUCACUAUGCUAACAAGCACCAACAAAAUUAAUGGGAAAAAACUAAAGAGCGAUAACAAUUAUUAAAUUUAACUACCAAAAGGCAAACAUAAACAAACACUUAAAUAGCAGCUCAGUAAAAACAACAAUAAAACUACAACAUACAAAAAAUCUAAUAACAAAACAAUAAUAAAAACAACAAUAGCAGCAACAUUAAUUUCAAUUAAAUAUAUUAAAAUAAUUAUAAAAAUAAUAACAAUAGAAAAAACGCAGGAAUUAAUUUAUUAAUAUAAACAAAACAAAAAAUUUUAAUAGUUUAAAACAUCAAAAAUUAACAAACAAAAUAACAUACAUAUUUUAUACUACUCCCUACAUAUAAUGCAGUAAAUGAGAUAAAAAUAGUAAAUUUUAUGAAAAACAAUAUUGUUUAACUUUAUUAUUGGAUUUGAAUUUGUAUAAAUACACACAUAUACACACUCACGUUUUUAAACUCAUACAAACAUAAACAAUGAAGAGAACUAUUUAGAAGAUUAUUUAAAAGCUAAAUUAAAAUCCUGCACUUCUUUAACGGCAACAAACACAAGAGAAAAAACUCUACGUAACAACAAAGCAGACUUUUAUGUCAAGAUACUAAUGUUAAACACAUUUAAGCAAAUUGGUCUCAAACAUGAUGGACUUUACUAGCUUGGGCUGUUGUGCUUUGGCAUUUAUUUUGUAUUUAAAUACAUUAAAUUCUGGAUUUGUUUAUGAUGACAGACGUGCUAUUUUAGCCAACACAGAUGUCUCAGGAACUGCGUCCUGGCAGAGUGCCUUUCUACACGACUACUGGGGCACACCGCUAACUGACAGUGGCUCUCACGGUUCUUAUCGACCGCUGACAGUUCUCACCUUCAGAUUAAAUUUUAUACUCAGUGGUUAUAAUCCUUGGGGCUUCCAUCUGGUCAACAAUUUACUCCACUGUUUAGCCACGGGCUUGGUAGUGAAGGUGGCUCGACACUUUCUCUCCUCAGUGUGGGGUGUUGUAGCGACGGGAGCACUCUUCGCUGCACACCCCAUUCAUACAGAAGCUGUGGCAGGAAUUGUAGGCAGAGCUGAUUUGGCCGCCUGUGUCUGUUAUCUACUAACCUUUCUCACUUAUAUGCGUCACAUUGCGUGGCGAGAGAGAGGCGAUCCACUGCAGUGGCUGGCUUUAAGUUUAACUUUAGUUUCCUCUAUAGCUGCAUUGCUGUUCAAAGAAACAGCCAUCACCGCUUUAAUAAUAUGCGGAAUGUUUGAUGUGAUACGUGGCUUAAGCGGCCUAAAAGACAAGCACCGCGUACGGUCGGUAUGUGUAUUAACUUCAGUUCUGCUUGGCACUGUGUAUUGUCGUCUGGCAGUGAUACCUCGACCCCAAACAUUAUUCUCAGCUGCAGACAAUCCCAUAGCAAAAACCAACUCCGUGUGGACACGUUUCUUGACAUUUCUUUAUCUUCCGGUAUUCAAUUUCAAACUAUUGCUGAAUCCACAAGUGCUUAGUUUUGAUUGGGGUAUGAAUGCCAUACCACGAAUAAACUCCAUAUGGGAUGGACGCAACAUGUUGAGUAUGGGCUUCUAUGGUGCAUUAACCUACACGGCCUGGCAAUGUUGUCGUCUACUGCUGCAACGGCAUAUGCGUCUGCAUUACUCCGCACACUAUAAAACCAGACAGCAGGGGUGCUCUUCAUAUGGUGCAUCGGGGGCACAAUACCAUUUACAACCACAAUUGCAGCGUAAGUCACGCACUAAACGAAAAUAUUGCAAACAGGUACAGUGUCAAACCUCAAAUGGAACAACAGUAACAAGUGACAACCAAACACAAGCCUACUACAUGAUGACUCCACCACCAUCACCCCCCACACAACACUAUUCAACUAGCACGCCAAUACUAACAACAAAUUGUUCUUCGCUUCACAGCACCACAGCAUAUCUCAAGCACAAACUAUUGGGCAUAAAUAAUCGCCACAUCUGUGGUGAUUGCAAACAGGAAUUGAGUUCCGGUCAUCAUACAAAUUCAUGUCGGGUGUUGAACAACAACAAUAAUGUUUUAACACUGAGCCACUCAAAUGUUUAUCACACAGGCUGCUGUUGCCAUCAGCUAAUGUCUUCCAGUGUCGCGUCGUCCAACGGUCCGCCACCACAACUCUUUACCUUUGCUCUGCACAAGGCUAUAGCCUCAGUGGUUACGGCACGUAGUUCCCGCAGCAGUAGUAGUUGCAGCAAUUCAACAACAGCCAGUAACAAAAGCUCCGAUAGUAGUGCUUCAUCUACAUGCAGUUCAGGAUCUUCACUAUCCUCGAAGUCAUCAGCGUCACAUAGAAAUCUUUGCUUGGCAACGUGGUCAUCGAUACAGCAAGAGGAUUUCAUGUUGAGUGAUAUACCACACAAAUGUGCAAAUGCCAGUGUCUUGUUGAUGGCACUGGCUUUUUUAACGCUACCCUUUCUUCCCGCCACAAAUCUUGUCUUCUAUGUAGGGUUUGUAGUGGCAGAACGCCUGUUAUAUUUGCCCAGUAUUGGUUUUUGUCUAUUAGUGGGCUUUGGCUUCGGCAAAUUAAUAGAUCAUGUGCGAACGAGUAAAAAUCCCCGACAUCAACAAAUGCUGAUACUGAGUUUGUGUCUGGUGUUGAGCGCUCUGAGUGCGAGGACGAUAAAACGCAACUUGGAUUGGCGAGAAGAGGAGAGUUUAUAUCGUAGUGCUGUGCAAAUAAAUCCACCUAAAGCUCUUGGCAAUUUAGGAAGUGUCCUUAGUUCUCAGGCUCGUUACAAGGAAGCUGAGGAAGUUUUGUUAGAAGCCAUCAAAUAUAGGCCAAAUAUGGCAGAUGUACAUUUUAAUCUAGGAAUUUUAUAUCAAAAUCAACAAAAUUAUAAAAAUGCCGUUAAAAGUUUUAAGAACGCCUUGAAUUUUCGACCUAAUUUAGCGGUGGCCUACUUAAAUUUGGGUAUUUCACUAAUAGCUUUGGGCAAAUGUCAGGAUGCCGCUCAAAUCUUACAAGAGGGCUCCAAAGUUGAUGGUACUGGUGUGCGAGACCGUUCGGCUCAUGAAAACGCCAGAAUUUCAUCGUACCUGCAAUUGGGAGCACUUUAUGUCGAACAGGGCAAAUUACAACGUGCUUUAGCCGUUUAUCGUGAAGCUUUGCAUGAACUUCCACAUCACUACUACAAACGAGAUGUGAUCUAUCAUCGUAUAGGAGAUAUUUUUGGUCGCUUACAACAGUGGGAUGAGGCUGAAAGACAUCAUAGAGCAGCUUUAGAGUUGCAACCAAAUCAGGUGGCCGCACAUCUCUCUUAUGGCGUAACCUUGGCAAGAAAUAGCAGUAGAGUCUCAGAAGCUGAAAUGUGGUUUAAGCGCGCUUUGCAAUUGGCACCUGAAGAAGCCAGCGUUUAUCAUCAUUACGCUGAAUUCUUAACAACACAAACUCGCUUAGCUGAAGCUAUUACAUAUAGAGUAAAAGCAGCUGAGCUAGCACCUCAAGACUACUCUCUAGUGGUAGCCGCAGCAACAGCAUUAAGACUAAUGGAUCGCAAACAGGAAGCAGAAAUUUGGUAUAGAAAGGCUGUAAACCUACGGCCUAGUGAUGCCCACGCACAUACUAAUCUCGGCGCCAUUUUACAUUUACUGGGUCACACAAGUAAAGCGGCGGCAAGUUAUAAAGAAGCACUGAGACUGCAGCCCGGAGAUGCCACAACUUUGGGUAAUUUAGCAAAAUUGGGACUAACAGAAACCAAAUAGAAACAUAUUUCUUAAACAAAAACUAAUAAAUUAUUAAAAAAAAAAAUAAAAACUUCCUAAAAGUAAACAAA